AUGUCGUUGAUCCCAGCUUUCUUCGGGAGGCGCAGCACCGACGUCUUCGAUCCCUUCUCUCUGGAUGUCUGGGACCCCUUUCCUCGGGGAUUCCCCUUCGGCAGCGGCGACGGCUCCCUCUCCCUCUCCCUCCCGCACCGCGGAUGGGACUCCGAGACCUCCGCCUUCGCCGCCGCCCGCGUCGACUGGAAGGAGACUCCGGAGGCUCACGUCUUCACGGCCGACCUCCCGGGGGUGAAGAAGGAAGAGGUGAAGGUGGAGGUGGAGGAGGGCCGCAUCCUCCAGAUCAGCGGGCAGAGGAGCAAGGAGAAAGAGGAGAAGAACGACACGUGGCACCGGGUGGAGAGGAGCAGCGGCGGGUUCCUGAGGCGGUUCCGGCUCCCGGAGAACGCGAAGGUGAAUCUGGUGCGGGCGUCUAUGGAGAACGGUGUGCUGACCGUUACCGUCCCCAAGGAGGAGGAACAGGUGAAGAAGCCGGAGGUGAAGUCCAUCGAGAUCUCCGGCUGA